AUGGCGAUCCAAUUGACGCGUUCCGUGUCUCUGGCGAGGGACGCUUCGCCAAGUUUCUCUCAUGGUGGAUUUUUCACGGGAAGCUCUAAGCUUCUAAAAGGACCGCAGCAAGUGCUGCUGCGGACCAAUUCCCUUUCACGCAAAUCCACUUCGUUAGUGUCACACUCGUCAUCGGUCGCUGCGCGUUCCAGCGCCGAGAGACCGGACCGUGCGUCCUUCGUCUCUGCAGAGCCGUUGUCCUGCGUUCUCGUGGUUUCGUUUGUACCCGAUAAUGGCUGGCUCGAUACUCGCAAAGGAAGCCGAUCUGUUCGUGCUAAUGCGCGAGCCACUGGCGGAGACGUCGCCGAAAACGAAAAUGACGGCGCCGGUAACGUUGCCGUUACAGAUUCGAAGAGCUUGAACGGUGCGCUAGCUUUAGUUGCAGAACCCGAGGCCGUGUCACGGUCCGACGUUUCCACGUCAGAUGCAGAGGUGGCUCGCGAUGAUAGCCUCGUCAGCGCUGACGUGGCAGCGGAGGUUAACGAACGGCUGCAGCGGCUCGAGGUCCUCAUGCUUCUCCGGCGGCUUUACCGCGACGCGAACCGGUCCGAACGCGUGCUCAACAUGCCCAUACCUGUUAUAGCGAAGAAGCGGGAAGGGACGCAGGAUCUCAAAGCUCGGCGUAAGGUGCGGCGCGGAGCGAACUACUGGAUCCGCCGUGGCCUGGGCGUGCAGGAGGGGAAAGGCGAGGGGGAGGAUAAGCCCAUUCUAGUGGUGGAAAGCGCGGUCGAGGUGCUUGGCUGCGCCGCGGACGUCCGCGCGCUCGCCGGCUCGCUGACUCGCGACCUCAACUUCUUUCACGGGCAGCUGCCCGCCGUUUUCCCGGAUGAAACCAAGGCCGCGGAGGGCGUGGCGGACGUGGUGCGCACGCUGGCACAGCGGCUGGAGGAGCUGGCGGAUCGGAUCGAGGCGUCGCUGACGGCGGAGCAGCGGCGCGAGGUGGAGGAGGAGCUGGAGGCGCAGGCGCUGCAGGAGCAGAUGGACAAGGAGGCGAACGUGCAGGAGCGCGUGCUGCGGCGCCUGGGCGGGCUGUCCAACACGAGUGCCAUUCUGGACCGGGUGCGGCAGAGAAUAGCAUCUGUGGACAUCUCGUUCUCGGACUUCAGCAUCGACCUACCCACCAUCAAGGGGGCGGGAGGGAAGGCGGUGCGCACGUUGGUGGACACGUGGCGGCGUCUGAAUGGCCGCCCGCCCACCACGGAGCUGGAGCCCCUGGCUUCCGGGCUGCCCCGUCCUGAGUCAACAGGCGACAAGGAGGAGGAGAAGAAGCUCAAGCUGCUGCUCGAGGUGGAGGCCCUUGACAGGCGGCUGAACGAGGCCAUUCGCAACAGGGAGCAGCGGCUGCGGCAGAGGAAUGUGCUCGUGAGGGCCAGGCUUGCCCGGGAGAUCAAGGCACUGGAUGAUGAGGUGAACGAGCUGCGCAAGGAGUUGGCGGUGCGAACGCUGCAGCUGCAGAUGCAGGUCAUCUACAUGUUCCUGGAGCAGGAGCUGCUCUUUGCCGCUGACUCCCAGGACAUGCGGUCAGACGAGGACGAGUCUCUGUUGGUCGCGGAAUAUGGGCUGCUCGAUGCUGACCUGGCGCGCCUGCGCACGGCUGUGGAUAGAAACGAGGCGAUUCUUAUCGAGGAUGAGGAGCUGGAGGCACUGGCGAUUGACAUUCCCGACCUCAAGUUCCGUCUGGGAAUAAUGGAGGAGCCGUCGGUGCCGCUGCAGCAGCGCGCGCAGAUGACAGUAGAGGAGGCCAAGGGCAAGGUGGGCGAGGGCGCCUCCUUCUUCUGGCGGGGCGUCAGGCUUUUGGCUGGUGACGUGGCGUAUUCGGCUCGCUUGUUCUGGGUGGCAGCGACUGGAACUACACUCAAAGCCAGAGAGGUCCAAACCCUGCGCCGCACGGCAACCGAUCUGCUGGUGGUGAUCCCAUUCGCCAUCAUCCUCAUCGCGCCCAUCACCCCGGUGGGCCACGUGGCUGUCUUUGGCUUCCUGCAGCGCUACUUCCCUGGCUUCUUCCCUUCCGCCUUCUCCUCUCGCCGGCAAGAGGUGAUGGUGCGUUAUGAGAACCUCAAGCUACAGAUGGCUACAGCCUCGGGAUCCGAGAAGGAGAAGGUCCAAGCCAUGGCUGCCGCGGCUGCCACCGAGACCUUCGAAGCUUCCGAAGAGGAUUCCGCAGGAGGCGGAGGCAUGGGGAUGCACGGGGGAGUGGGAGGAGGGUCGGGUGGUGGAGGCAUGGGGAUGGGCAUGGGCGGGUUUGCGUUUGGGCUCGGGUUCGGGAGAGGAGAGAAUGUCGUUCGACUUCGAUCUAUGGCUACCACCGUCUUCGCCAAGGAGGCUACUCCCGCCGCCGUGGAGUCUAUCCAGGCGAACUUCCCCGGCUCCGUGGAGGAGACAGGUUACAUCGCAUCCGUCGCCGACAAGCUCAAGGAGCACGGUUUCACCAAGGAGAACAGCAUCGCGCUCGUGAGCACGUGCCGUGACGAGGCGUCACGUCUGCUCGACGCCACCAUUGACAAGCACUUCGGUCUCACCUUCGCGCUCAACGGCCUCGCAGGAGUGCCGCCCGGUGGUGCGCUUGCGAUCAAGGCCGGCGCGUCGCACAGUCCGCAGGACGAGAACGGCAAGGAGCGAUAUGUCUUCUUCGGUCUGACCCACAUCGGUGUCGAUGAGACCGGCGCCAUCGGUAAGAUGCGCCGCGAAGGCCGCUCCGCGGCUUCCGGUGCGUGCGGCGCGCUUCUCGCGCUGACCGCGCAGUUCAGCGCGAGCAAGGAGCUUCCCGAGGCGUCGGAGGAUGAUCUCGAGGUGCACAACCUGACGAAGAAGCUCAUCGCGGUGAACCCCGAGCCGAACAUCGUUGCGGUUACCAAGGCGGCUGUUGACGUCAUCAACAGCACCCUGGAGCAUCUCAUCAGCGUGGCCGUUGACAGCAAGAAGGCGGAUUACGCCGUAAUCACCGGCGUGCAGAUCCACUCCGGCAACAACCCCGUUGGCACGGAAUUCAAGCUGGAGAACACCGUUGAGUACAUCACGCCGUCUCUCGCCUACGUGGUUGUGGACGGAAUCAAGAAGGAGCUUACCCUGUAA